CUUACGGUGUUUUGUAUCGUGUGUUGUCCCUUCACUUUCAAUGGAAGAUGUUAAUCCUUCACAGUCAACAGAUGUUGAGCAACCACACCAUUCAGUUAAUCACAACAGACCAUUUUUCUAUGUUCAACCCCCAUCUCAGCCUUAUUUCAUGUACCAAUGGCCUAUGGAUCCAUUUGGACAGUAUAGCUUCCCGGGGCCAGCUUUCCCUUUUGGGAGACCUUAUGUGUCUCCAUAUCAGUACAUGCAGUACCCUGGUUAUGUAGUUCCGCAUGCUCCUAUGCAGCCAACCGAUUACAGGCGAAUGACUCCCUUCAUCCCUUCCGUCGCGUCCUACGAUCUCCGCUUCCGUCAGCACUUCCAGCAGAUGAGUGUUCAACGGGAGACCACGUCAUCAGAGGCUCAGACAGAGGCCGGGGAUCCGGUCGGCAAACUCCUCCACAGCCUGGGUGGGCUCCAAGCCUCUGAAGAGCCUAGCCCUGUAAAAGAUCCUGAUGCGAUGCUUGCUUCAACCCCUGUCAUAACCUCGCAUGCUCAUGAGGUGGAGAAGCUAAACCACGCAGAGGGACGGCUGGAGUCGGAGCCGGUUGUUCAGCCCGCCAAGGUGGAGCCGGAAGACAUGGCGAGAGCAGACAACUUUGACUCAGCCGUUUAUGACGCUGACUCAAGCCCGUGCUGUCUGGAGGAGCUCUCGGAUGUUCUGCCUCUUGACAGCUCCUCCCUCCAUGAGGAAAACCAGAGUCGGGGUAAGGAUGACGCACAGCAUGAUGUGGAGAAGCCAUGCUUACAGAGGCAGAAGCUGCCCUCUGAUGAUGUCUGUGGCGUUCCUGGAAACGGGGGCAGAAGCGCCUCGUGCUCAGCGGAGGUUGGCGAUUCUGAGUCUCGCGUUUCUGCCGUUAAUGAGAAAUCUGAUUCCUGCAAUGCUAAGCCUCCUGAGCUUGCUGAGCGGAUACAGGAUUUGCCUCUUGACUCUGCAGAACCGUUAAUGCAGGGCUCUGCUGACUACGACCUGUCGUAUCAAAUCCUCCGAUUGCCCUGCAACAAGACCACCACUGGUUUGGUGCUUCAGAAGGAUAUCAACCCACUGGUGUAUCUGGAUUCAGCAUCAACUCUACUGCCUCCUAGAAGGUAUUCCUUUGGCAGUGCAUACCCCUACAGUUACUACCCCCAGGUGGCCCAAGAGCGGCAGAGCAUCCUCAGUCCUUCUUUAGAUGAGCUCUCCUCCAGGGAUGAUAUGUUCUCCACCGAUGUGGAAGAUGAGAUGAUGUCUGGGCAUGUUUACGUGGGUGGCAGCAAACUGGCUGAAACCAGUGGUGUUCCCACCCGCUCUGCAAAGGAGCACAGAGAUGAUGCGUGCUCGGCCUGUGCCAAGACGUGCGCAUGCUGUGGGGCAAGCCUAGUAGAUGAGGACGAGAGUGUCGCGCUCCCCGAGCGCUAUGGUGAAGGGGAAGUGGCCCAAGAAUUGUCUAACCAUGAAUGUGACUGUGACCUAGAGGAAGAGGCACUGGGCACCUGCGAGUCUAGGAAUGUUUCAUCGAGGCUAUAUCUCUCAAGGCCCGUGCUGCCACCUACUGGUCGGCAGAUCACCAAGCAUAAAGUCAGGAAGGUGCAAGAUGGGGCAGAUCUGAGUGAUCAGGAGCAAGGUCCUGUUGAGGAGCUCCACGCUGCUGCUAAAGUGGACCGGGUCAAGGUCAAGGGGCAAAAGGGUUCCCACCCUAGAUCUUACUCUGAACAUCAGUGGCGAGACUGUCAACCAGAACAUUUAAUGGACAAAGAAAGCUGGACCAGCAGUGGUGGCAAACAGAGAUCAAGGUCAUGUAGACCCACCAAUGGUCUUCAAGAAAAAGGGAGACCUGCACGCAGAAGGCCUUCCUGCAAGAUGUUUAUUCAGCAAAGGUCCAGGAGAAAUGAGUAUGAUGACAAUGACGAGGCAGAUACUUCCUAUGGUCAAAGGGGAAGAGGAUCUAUAAAAAGAAGAGGCACAAGAUACUAAAACGAAUGUACACUUAAGACUUAAAUGGGCUACCCUAAUAUUUAAAAUGCA